AUGUCUGUUUUCGGGCCGGUUGUGAAGGUUCAUCCUGUCGUCCUCGCCUCCAUUUGCGACUCUUACGAGCGACGAAAUGAAGGAGCGAGUCGCGUAAUUGGCACUCUUUUGGGUACCAUUGAUAAACACUCGAUAGAAGUGACCAACUGUUUCUCUGUUCCACAUAAUGAGUCGGAAGAUGAGGUCGCCGUGGACAUGGAGUUUGCCAAGAACAUGUACGAGCUCCACAAGCGGGUCUCUCCCACUGAGGUCAUCAUCGGCUGGUACGCUACAGGCUUUGACAUCACAGAGCACUCUGUUCUCAUUCAUGAGUACUACAGCCGUGAAGCCACCAACCCGAUUCACCUGACUGCCGACACGGCCCUGCAGAGUGGCAAAAUGAACAUCCGUGCCUAUGUCAGUGCUCAGAUGGGCGUGCCCGGGAAGACGGUUGGCGUGAUGUUUACCCCACUUACGGUGAAAUACAUUUACUACGACACAGAAAGAAUUGGGGUGGACCUUCUGCAGAGAACACGCAUCACUCCCAGCCGAACCAAGGGCCUAACGUCCGACCUGGCCCAGGUGGCAAGCUCAGCUUCUCGUGUCCAGGACAUGCUGACCACUGUGCUGGCCUACAUCGAGGAUGUACUAUCUGGGAAGGCGACGGCAGACAACAGCGUGGGCCGAUUCCUAAUGGACCUGGUCAACAAGGUGCCCACCAUCUCAGCAGAGGACUUUGAAAACAUGAUUAAUUCUAACAUCAACGAUCUCCUGAUGGUGACGUACCUGUCCAACCUUACCCAAGCGCAGAUCGCCCUCAAUGAGAAGCUUGUGCUACUUUGA